AUGGGCUGCCGCAAGUCAAAGCAGAAGCCUCCACCCAAGAAAAAGAUGACUGGUACACUUGAGACCCAGUUUACUUGCCCCUUCUAUAACCAUGAGAAAUCCUGUGAUGUUAAAAUGGACCGAGCUUGGAAUACAAGUGUGAUAUCCUGUACUGUGUGCCUGGAAGAAUUUCAGACCCCUAUAACAUAUCUUUCGGGACCUGUGGAUGUUUACAGUGAUUGGAUAGAUGCUUGUGAGGCAGCCAAUCAGUAGCAGGGACUGGAGAAGAAUAUGCC